AACCCUAAAAAAUACAGCAUCGAGGCAUUAGUACAGUCAAAGUGACGCCGCGACAACCCAGAAUCGAACAAGAAUUAAAACCGAUAAAGAUUGUUGUUCACGGAGCGCAAAUUGUGAAAAAAAUACAUCCGCGCAAGUGCCACAAUCGAAGAGUGCCCCCCAUUCGUGAAAAAAACUUAAAAAAAAAAAAGAUAGCGGCUACAGUUGCGCGUGUUGCGCUCGAAAUUUUCAAAGACGAAGACCACGGCGUGUGUAAUACCACAUAAUGAACAAUCAACUGAACCCGGCCACCUACCGCAAGUUUAAUAAUCUGCUCAAUAGCGGAGCGGUCACCGUCACCGGCCCCAGCCAGCCGCGGAUCCUCAAAACGACGAGAGUCGUGGUGCCAAGUGGCGGUGGCGCCGGUACCGCCGCACAGCAGGGCCUGCAGUCCGGCAGCGAUGCGGAUACUGGCGCCACCGGCGGCCUGGCCACGCGCUGCUACAUCUGCGACGAGCGAUGUGAACCACAAACGUCCGUUACCGAUAUGACCACCACCCACACCUCCACCAAGUUCCCCAACAAACUGGCCCAGCUGGUGGGCGAGGGAUUCCUGGUGAUUGUCUGCGGCGAGGAUUACGUCUGCUCGCGCUGUACCAACCUGGUCAACUACUACGAUCGACUGGAGAACGAUGUGGAGAGGGUGAAAACGAACCUUAUCAGUUUGCUGAACAAGAAGUAUGCCAUCAACGAGGACGUGGGUCUGGAGUCUAGCCCGCCCCUCAAAAUGCAGAAGACGGCCUCCGGCGCCAACCGAUCACUUGAGGAGAGUCCGUCUGGGGAGCUGCGCCAGCGGAAAGUAGUGCAAGGAGCCACAGGUCAGGCGAAGAUCGCGGCUGGUACGCCGCAGAGUGCCGCUGGCACGCAGACGGUCCAACGGAAAGCUACCAAGAUCUACAAGUGCACCUCGUGCGAUUACAAGACCUCCGACAUGCGGCUAUUCAACACCCACUACGAGACCUGCAAGCAGCAGACGUUUCAGUGCAAGACCUGCCGGAAGAUCUUCCCGCACUUUGGUGCUAUGAAGCAGCACAUGGUGCGGGACCACAACACCGCCAUGGACAAUACUUGCGCCAUGUGCCACAUCAACUUUGUGAACGAGACCAGCUUACGCAAGCACAUGGAGACCAACCAUGCCACCAAUGUGCUGGUGACCAGCACCACCACCAUACCGGCCGGUUCUGCUCCGGUAGCCGCCGCUGCAGCUGCCGCCGCCUCAGAGGCACACAACGUAUCGGGAACUGCGCUCUUCACGUGCAAUCACUGUCAGUUCAAGUCGACGGACAAGGGCGUCUUCGACGACCACAUGCGUAAGCACUCCACCGGCAACAAGCCGAAGCCAUUCAAGUGCCGUCUGUGCUCGCAGCGAUUCGAGACGCGCGAGGCUGCCACCGUGCACGCCAAGCAGCAUCAGACCAACUACUUCAAGUGCGGCACUUGCUCGAUGACCUUCCCCAAGCGCGAGCUCUUGGUUAAGCACUUCGAGGUUCACCAGAACCAGGCGUCAUCCGCCGUAUCGCCCAAGCAGGCGGUUAGCCAGAACCUCAAUACCCAGAAACUGCUCCAGGAAACCAUUGACGAGGCCCUCAGCGAUACGGUUCCGGCUGCUGGAGGCGCUGUAGUCGCCGGUGGCGAGGCGGAGAACAACAUUCGCUUCUUCUCGUGCAGCAUCUGCUCGCUAACCUUCAUCCAGGAGACAUACUACAACCACCACAUGGAGACCCAUAGGCGGGAUCCCAAGAAGGGCGGUGGAGCUGGAGGAGCAGCUGCCCUCAAUUCAGCUGCCACUGCUCUGCUGAGCGAUGAGCCCGGAGAGGCUGCCGGAAAGGCUGGCGAAGAGGGCGGAGAACAGAACGCGGAGGCCGAUAUCGAGAGCCUCUUCGAGAAACUUCACUCCGACAAGAACGAGAGUGGGGAUGCCCCCAAGGCGGCCGGCAAGAGCGGCGAGAUGGUCAUCACUUCGCGGGAGGGCAGCGGAGGCAUCACCUUCAACAUAACCAUCCCCCAGCCAGACGGCGAUCAGUCGGCCAAAGAUUCCCCCAAUGCCACGGCUCCCGUCUCCGUCAGCAUUGAUAUGCCCGACCUGAACCAGGCCGAGGACGAGUCCCAGUCGCAGGGCAGUGUGGAUGCCAAGGCCGAGGGUGACAACGCCACUGGCGCCGACGGCAAGGCCAAUGCUGCCCCUGUUUCCAUGCCCAGCUUGGACGACGACAAUGAAGCUGCAGCUGCUGAGGGCGCCGCUCCAGAAGAACCCAAGUCGGGCUGCAAGCCGGGCGCGGAUAAGGGCAAGGCUAAGGCCGAGGAGAACAGUAAGGAGAAGGAAGCUGCCUCCGUCGCAUCCAAAGAAGAAGCCCAUCCGUCUGAUGACGCUGCACACAAGCGGGAAGCUGCCGACACACCCUCCGCCGAAGCCGAGGCAGCUGCCACCACCACGGAAGGAGCCGAAGUAGCCGAGGGCGAGGUAACCUCUGGAACCGGAGCCGAGGGCGAAGCUGAAGAAGGUGCCGGUGGGGAGCAACAGGUGGCCAUGGAAUUGGACGAGGCCAUGCAAUCCCAGGUGGAUGGUGGGCAGAUUAAGUUCAUUGUGAACGAAAACGGUCACCUGCUCCAGCUGGAUAAUCACAUCCUGACCGACGCUGAGGGUAACCAGAUUAUUGUGCAAGAUCCCGAACAGAUCCAGCAGCUCCUGCAAAGCGUGGGCGUCCUCCAAUCGGGCGAGGGCCUCGAGGGCGAAACCCUACAGAUGAUGACCGACGGCAGCGGCCAGAUGGUACUCGUGCAUGGUGACAACAAUGAGCAGCAGCUAAUAGACGCCUCGCUGCUGAACGCAGAGGGUCAGCUGAUCAUUCAGCAGGGCCAGGACGGCGAAGAGGGUGCCCAUGUCAUCAGUGAGGACGGCACUCGUAUCCCAGUUUCUGUUUCGUACACGGAAGAUGGCCAGCCCAUCGUCCAGGUUCAGCAGCAGGUCCUGGAGGCUGCCCAGGCGGCAGCGGCCAGCGGUGCCGCUAGCGCCGAUGAGAAGGAGGCAGCCGCCGCUCCGGCCGGUGAGGAAGUGCAAGUAUCAGAGGCAUCCAGUGCCACAGCUUCCAGCACUGUGGUGGCCACCAGUACUGCCAGUAGCAGUGGCGGCGCCACCGGCGGAAGUUUCUUUGCCUUGGAGGAGUUCACGGAAGCGAAAACCGACUAGGAGUGGCCCUAGGGGCGGGGCCGUGACCACUACACCAUACUGGCCACAUGCGAUGAGGACUGGUUUUAGCUACGGAUGCGCCUAAGGUCUCUGGAGGACUUACGCACGCACAUACACUUUUAAUAAAAAUCCCCCAAUGACUCCCCGAAACCGACCUGGAUGCCUGCAGAUGACAGGGAUAACCGACGACCCAUGAUUCAAUAUAUAAUUACAUUUAGCAUAUGUAUUCUACACUCCAGUAAACUAAACAAAAAAAUAUUAAUUUUCUCGUUAACGGACUGCUCGCCCGAGCUGCCCGGCAAGGAGGAGAGUCACGCCACACCAGCUCAUUUCAAUUAAUCAAUCAAAUUGUUCCAUCGGUCCGUUUCGCAUUCGGCUGCCAGGAGGGAUCUCAGCCCAGAUUGCACCGGCCGGCGGCAGUCAAAAUCGCAUUAUGUCUGGAACUUGGAAGGUGUUUAGAAUUAGUUUUAGUAUAGACAAAGAAAACCGUAAUAUGAAAGUUAAAGCCAACACUAAAAUGUAUAAACAUGGAUGGUUAUGUGAGAUGCUUGAUUUAUGUUUUAAAUAUAUACAUUUACACUACACAAUAAAAAUACACUUAAUAAAAUUGAUUCAAAAACUAAA